GGUCAAAAUAAUUUUGAAAAAGAAUUUGAUAAUAUAUUAGUAGAUAGUUUAUUUAUAAUAGAAGAUAUGAACUGGGAAACUUUUAAAUAUAUUUUAGAAAAGAAUGAUAUAAAAAUUAGUGGAGGAGAUAUAAAAAAGAGAGAUAAAUUAUCAACAGUUCAAUAUACUUUGUCUUUCUUUUUAAUAUUCUUAGGUUAUAAUAUUCAGAAUAUAUAUCAAAGUUUUAAUAGUAAAUCUAUAAGUUCUAAAUAUAAAGAUAUUAGCGAUCAAGUUAAGAUAAUAGAGAAUACAAAUGAUAUUUUAUAUUAUAUAUUAUUACAAAAUGAAUUAAAAUCUAGUGUUAGCAAAGAAAUAGGUAAUUUAAAAAUUAGAAUUGAAGAAAUUGAAAAAGAAGUUAAAAUUUGUGAUGAAAAAAUCACAGAGGAAAUUGAUUUUAUGAGUCCUGCUUAUGGAGUAGAUGAAAGUGAAAUAGAAAAAGAACUUAAAAAAUUAAAAGAAAGUUUAUUGAAAAGAAAAAAAGAAGCUGAAAUAAAAAUAGCAAGCAAAGAAGAAUUUAAAAAAGAAAUUAAAAGUCUAACAUUCUCAGAAUUACUGUCUGAACAUAAAGUGCGAGGAAUAAGUGAUUGAAAAAGUUUAAAAGUAAAAAAGAUUAAAAACAAUUAUCAAAUAAGAAAAAGAAGUUAUAGUACAACAGCUUUAGAUAUUAAAAAUAAUUAUGAUUAUUUAAAUUAUGUAAAAUUAAUAUUAAAUGAGAAUGGUAGUUUGUAUGAAAAACAAAAUAAAAUUGAAAAUGAUUGGAGCGAAUACCUAUUUAAUAAAUUAAUGACAAAUAAAGAAUCUCAUGUUAGAAAUAAUAUACCUUAUAUUCUUAACAAAGCUAAUGAAACAUUAGAAUUACAUAAGGAUACUAGUAGUUUUAAAAAAAGAUUUUGUAGAAUUUAUACAGAUAUAAAUAAAAGUCAUUUAAUUAUUGCCUUUUUUAGUAUAUUUACAUAUCAUAAUAAGUUAGGUUUUACUUCAAUAUCCAUGAUUGUAG